AUGGGGGGCGAUUCGGACCCUUUUGGAGGUGCACAAUUGGGUGUAAGUUUAUUGUUCAGUGGGCAACGAACUUCUGAGAAAAAUCUGCUUUCUUUUACGGCCAGUAACGGUCGAUUAAUAUCGUUAAAACGGAAACGCAUCGAGAGCGUAAAAGACGUUUCUUGGAACAGUGAGGAGUCGUAUGGAAUCAAUGUGAAUGAGCUUUUAGAUCGAAUAGAAUGGGGCGGCAGUGGUGUGACGUUGGAACGCAGAAAAAAGAACCACAAGUCGACAUCGAAAAGGCUAUGGACUGAAACAUGGAAACCCAAGUCAUUUCUGGAUCUGGUGGGCAACGAAAGGGCCAAUAGAAUGAUUCUCAAAUGGCUGAGACAGUGGUCUCCGCUUGUGUUUGGAGAAAAAAUGGGUAAAGCCCCAGCAGACGCGAAAGAAAUGGAUCGAAUGCAACUUGAGGUCUCAGAUCCAUUGGGCAGGCCCGCAAAGCGGAUCCUCUUGAUAAGUGGGCCUCCAGGUAUAGGGAAGACGUCUGUCGCGCAUAUCGUGGCCCAGCAGGCUGGUUACGCGGUGAUUGAGAUAAAUGCAAGUGAUGAACGGGCUGGAGAACGCGUCAAGGAUAAAGUUCACAAUUCGCUUUUCAACAACACGUUUGACGAUAGACCGGUCCUGCUUAUUGCAGAUGAAAUUGAUGGCAGUACGGAAGGUGGUCUUGUCAAAGUUCUCAUCGAUAUUGUCAACAAAGACUACAGGGUGACACGCGAGCUGAUUAUGCUGAGCUCCAAACAAGGCAAAAAACGCAAUCUCUCGGAUAAAUUGCUGACCCGACCAAUUGUGGCUAUCUGCAAUAACCUUUACGCCAGCUCUUUGGAGAAAUUGAGACCUCAUUGCGAAUCUGUUACACUGCGAAAGCCAUCUGAUAGUUCGCUUCAAGAGAGACUUGAACACGUUUGCGCGAAGGAGCGGCUUCUCGUCGACAAGAAAUUUUUAAAAGAGUUGAGCGAAUCUGUUCAAGGCGACAUUAGAAGCUGUCUGAACAAUUUGCAGUUCUUAAACUUGGGACACGGCCCAUCCUCAUCAGCAUCAUCAAUGCAGGCGUCAGAAACUGCUAAGGACAGAUGCGUAAGCUGGUACAAGAUAUGUAAUCAGGUGUUUCGGAAAGGGUCCCACGCAGACAGCAAGACUCAAAUGAGAGCUUUACUGAGUGCUGCAGAAAGUAAUGGAUCAUAUCAGAAGAUCGUACAGGGUUGUUUUACUGCAUAUCCUUCUGUCAAAUAUUCUGAUUUCAAGGUCUCAAAAUCUGGCAUUAUUGCAGACUGGCUUUUUUACCAUGAGCUCAUGUUCAAAUCCCUAUUUGAGCAUGAAGGAGAGUUAUUGAGAUAUAAUUCCAUUACACCGCUGGCGUUUUUCUCUUUAUUUGGCGACGGUGCUAACAAAGAGGAUAUCAAGAUUGGAUCGGCUGAAUACGAUGUCAGGGAGGCAACUAGAGGAAACGAAAGUAUUCUUCACAGGAUGUAUCGAAGUGCUCCAACUGAAUGUAAAGUGCAUUCAAGCCGGGAAUCAUUUGCUUUAGAAGUUCUUCCUUUGCUCGACUGUUUGAUUAGUGUGGAUGUCAACCGAGUGAGUGGGACAGAUACGAAAAGGAAAAUUAUAGAAAAUGUCGCUAAUGCAGUUUCUGCGUUUGGCGUUGAGUUCAGGGAAUCCAAAGAGCCGGAAACAAACGGUGAGAUCAUCCUAGACCCACCGUUUCACCAAUUGACGAUCCUGGACGAUAAGCGAUCCAUGGAAGUGAAGAAAAGACGAGUUGCAAUCUUUAAUGUCAUCUUUGGUAAAUUGGAGGAAGAGAGGAUCAAGAAAAGAGCGCAUGAUAAAAUAAGUCGGAUCACUGAAACUGAUCAGGAAAGAAAGAAACAGAAAACGAGUUCCUCCAAGCCGGUAGAUUUCUUCAAAUCUCAGUACGCAUCUGUCAAAAACGCAAGUUCCGCUGAGAAACAUCACACUCUGACAGACGGUGACGAAGAAGCUUUUAGAGUAUGGGUGAGAUACAAAGAAGGGUUUUCCAACGCAGUUAGAAAGACUCUUACGUGGAAUAGCCUAUGGGAAUAG